UAUUAUUUCGAUGUUAUUUCGAUGAUAUUUCGCUGUCACUCGAGCCGUCAGCACAGCAGCAGCCCGCUGCGCGCGCCUCUUCCCAGGAAGCGCUCGGCCGUCCGAAGAGCCCGAGCCGUGAACGCGAAGGACCCCUUGAGAAGCUCCUCCCCCUACGGGACGGAAAGACCUUCCGCGCGGAGGGCGGCUUGAAACCGCCUGCGCCGAACCACAUUCGCUCUUCCCGUGUGUCCCUCCGCUGCUGCGAUCCCGGAAGUUCCCCGAUGUCCAGUCCAAGGAAGUUGGUGGCAGAUGCGAUGUACCUGGAUGAGGAAGGUUUCCGGCAGUGCUGUGAGCUCUUCCUCCAACAGUCCUGCGCUCUGGACGAUGGGUGGUGCUGGGAAGGGUUCAAUGGAUCUGCCGAUGGAUACAUGAAGAAAACAGUUUUGGGUCGCGGUAAGAUCAACACGCCAUCCUUAGAUGGGAGCUGCAAGUCAGAGGAAGACGUCUGCGCCCUUGGAAAAGAAACCCAGGAGGGAGCACCGGAUGGCUCAGAGUGGGAGGCUUUGGAUGCAGAGUGGUCAGCAGCGAUUCGCUACGAGUACCACGUGCUCUAUUCCAGCAGCUACCAAACACCUGUGUUGUACUUCAGGGCCUCAGCGUUGGAUGGUCGCCCGCUGUCCUUAGAAGAAAUGUGGGACAACGUGCAUCCAAGCUACAGGCGACGGCUGUUGCACAGCCCCUGGGACACGAUCACCCAGCAGGAGCAUCCUUGUCUUGGACAGCCCUUCUUCGUCCUCCAUCCCUGUCGCACCUGGGACUUCAUGAGCCCCAUUCUUGAGGCAGCUCAGAAUGAAUGCAGGAAGCUGAAUUACAUUGUUUCAUGGUUGAGUGUGGUGGGUCCCAUGGUGGGACUGGAGAUCCCCCUCAGCUAUGCUACUGUGGCCUCCAAGCCUGAGAGGACAGCUGCUCGCUGAUGCCAAACCCCAGCAUGUCCUGGUGUGUGAUGGUGAUGCCUCUACUGAAAGGUUCAAGUCAGUGUGUGGAUGAGCCACACUCAAUAGGGUUCUGCUUGUGCGCUCAACAGGCCUUGGACUGAAACAUCCAGAAUCUGAGUAUAGGGAAAUCCUGCCUUUAUUUAUGCUAAUUCUUCUUAUUAUUAUUUACUCGGUUAAAUAUCUCAUGGUAGACGUGACAAUGAAUGAAAACUGCUUGCUGGUAAACUUGAGACUAUUUUAAUGUGUUUGAAACCAGUCAGCCAGCUACCGUGGGAAGUACUGAACAAAGGGCUUAUGGGUUUGAGUCGCAUCAGUGUAUUAUUAUAAGGACAUUACCAUGAAGGUAUGAAAUCAGGUUGAUACCUUCGACAAUAUGUCCAGAAGGGUAAUCUGGUACAGACCGUAGAACACAGAUUAUUAUUAAUAUUCAUCCCCUCUCAUCUCUAGUGAAUGACUGAGCCAGACCCUGUAGACUCAUGUUAAAGCCAAGGAGGACAAGGUCUUCGAAGAAAAGGUUCUUGGAACCCCCAUGUGUGCUGGUGGGUAGCAGCCUAAAGGAUGUGCUUCGGUCUCUCAGUGCUGUUUUCAGCAUUUCUUACUCUCUGCUGUGUUUCUUUCAUUGUUAUGCAUCUAUUUAUGUAUAUAUCGGCAUGUCUGUACCGCGUGUGUGUAAAAGAGUUAGAGAGAGAGGGAGAGGGUUCAGCUGGGUGUUGGGCUCAUGCUGCAGGAUGUUCUCUUUGUGCAUCUCAACGGUAGGAUUCUCAGGGAAACAACCAAAGCAACACCCUGCAGGCCAUUGUGUCGAUGAGGUGUUAUUGAGAUAGGAUUGAAAAGUCAUUAUGGCUUGGCUUCGUGAACGAAUAUUUGGGAAGGGGGCUUCCCCGCAUCUGCUGCAAGUUGCUGGUCGCUGACCGGGCCAAUGCGGGACAGGCAGGCAGACGUAGACGUAGGCGUGCCCUUCUAGCUUGUGCAGUGGAGUUUUUAGGUGGAGCGCAGUGUGUGCAGUACUGGCCCCACCCUUUAUACCUGGGGUUCAUAUGUCAACCAAGGCUAACGAGUCUGGCCUACCCAUCCAGUUAUACCGCCAGACACUCGGUCGUGCCAUGAUGCAGCAAGCAGCAAACUACUGCGUCUGUAGCAACGCCUCCUCGUCGGUCCCCCCCCCCCCCCCCACCGUUUAGCAACAGAGAUGAUAAAACGUUAAUAUUCCCAAAUGGUGCAGUUUGGAACAUUGUCCAUUCCUGUUUUCAUACCAGUUGUGCAAGUACAUUGUGCCUUAUUGAUAUGUGGAUGUCUUUACAUAUGUGGUUAUAUUAUUUAAAAUAAACAAACUGUCAUUGCUCUGGAUUUUGUUCUUAUGGGACAACGAGACCUAGACGAGUCCACACGGAUUCACAGCAGACACUUAUGAGGACCUUUGGUUACUCAUCCAGUCAUCAGUUGUUGACCAAAAUGAAUGGGACUCAUCAGUGUGUUAUGAUUUAGGAGGCAAAGCGAUACGGGAACUGGACUGAGAACAUAGUAACUCUUGAUGUUUGUAUUGUCGCUCUAAAUGGCGUUUCAUAGUGGAAAAGAGCCCUUGACCAGGACCAGAGGAUGAAGUGUUAAUGCUGCACUUCUGAGCUCUCUGGUUACACUAUUUUACCACUGCUAAACCACAUUUUCUGAAGUUAUUCAGAAUCUCAUUUUUUCCAAAACCUCAAAAAACAAAAAUAGAUUCACCAAAAGGCACCUCUGUUUGGUGAAAGCAAACAUUCGAGUCAGAAACACGUUGACUUUGCUCAUAAUGAUACUUACUUUGCCACUAAAACAUAUGCAAAUCAAUGAAAUGUACACACACUACUGACCAUCUGCUGGACACUAGUGUCUUUUUAAGAAGCUGAUGAACUGGUAACAGCUGCACAAGGAAAACUGUUAACAUUUAAGUUAUGGUUAAGAAAGUUAAAAAAAAAAAAUAGUUCCAUUACAAACACAUUCACUUUUGAUAACUGCUUAUGUUGGUCAGGGUCACGACGGGCCGGAGCCUAUCCCAGAUUCACUGGUGCAAGGCUGAGGGGUACACCCUGGACGGGACGCCGCUCCAUUACAGGAAUACAUCCCGUUUGUUAGCCAGAAAGAAAGGAAAAAAGUGGGUUAUUCUGCGUGAGCAAUCAAUCUCAGGGCUGGAGGAAAAGCUUCACCUGGAGCGCUGCGGUAAAGCACCGCUAGCAUCGCUACAGCUGUGUCGCCA